AUGACACCCCCACCAUACCUUUACCACGCCCUCCUCAGGCCCUCGAUUCUCCAAAUCCUCCGCGCAGCCGGCUACCACGGCGCCCGCACCUCAGUUCUCGACUCAGUAACAGACAUGGCCGCCCGCUACCUGGACGCGCUCUGUCGGCUCACAGCCGCCUUCGCCGCACACAACAACGAAGAGUCCCAGACGGGCGAGCUGGUACCAACAAUAGUCGACGUGCGCAUGGCUCUCCAGCAGAUCGGCGCUUUGUUGCCCGAGAAGUCGGAGCUGGAACAAAUGUACAACGGCGUAGAGGACACCCGGGGUGUGGACGCGUUCGUCGCGUGGGCAGCGGGCCCGGUCAACAGGGAGAUCAAGAGGAUAGCGCUUGACGGUAGUGACGAGGCGACUGAUUAUCUCAAUGCUCUCAAACUAAAACACAGCAAAAACGACGAUGACUCCCGCUACACGGGCUCGCUCCUCGGCAAAUGCAUCGACCACGGCCACGUCGAAGUGGAAGGCGGCAAAUACCACAGCAUCUCGGUAUGGGAGGAGAAGAUGAAGGAAGCCGCGCGACGACCGACAACACCACCACCACCACCACCACCACCUCUUGAAAAGCCAGAGGCCGGCAUCAAUGGCGACAGGGAAGAUUCACGCCCACCUAGUUCGGGGCUGAGUUCGAUUGGGGACCAGAGCAUAGGCGAUAUAAUGGACUUGGAGUGA